AUGGCCGAUCUGGUCUCAAGUGAAGACAGCGAUGCAGACAUACCCGGAAGUGAGACUGCGGACGUCUCUCAUGCCGAUGUCGGAUUCAAGAAAUUCUUUUCAAGUGUAAAAAAGUUGUCGAAGCGUGUGGCAAGUCUCAGCGAUUCCCCAGUCCCAAGUCCGACAGUGUCACGUGAUGACACUGUUUUGCCAAUCGACACCCGACCCGAUGCAUUCUUUGGGGAUGUAUUCGUGGACCCUAGAAAGACACGGACGACGAACCGUUCAUCUGAUGAGUACGACUUUAACUACAAGUCACGUGGGGUGGCUGUUCUAAUUGUCAAUGUGAAUUUCAAGAACCCGAAGAUGACUCCAGAUAGAGAAUAUGCCAAACAUGACAUAGAAGUGUUCCAGAAGAUCUUAAAAGCGUUGAAUUUUACUAUAAUAAAAUUGCGGGACCUUUCUACGUCGGAUUUACGUAAGGAACUUGAAAAGAUACGUUCAACCUUGACUUCUGACUGUGAUUGCUUCCUGUGCCUGAUCAGCUCACACGGUUUGGAGACAAGAAUAUACGAGGAUAAGCGGAAGCGACAGCAUAUGACCUUCACCUACGACCGAUGGAUACCCACCGACGAGAUCAUCAAACCUUUCACUGAGAGCUGCUGCCGAUGUCUGGGGGGGAAACCAAAACUCUUUUUUAUACAGGCUUGCAGGUCUGUUCACAGCUCCGCGGACAUCGACUCCAUCGAUAGUGGAGUUUCUGUGACGUACGCCGUACGUCAGCCCACGGGACAUUCACGUGACAGCAGAGACGUUCCUUCAAAGAUAGACAAGGUUGACAAUUUACAUCCGUCAUUAAGAAGUGUCCAGGGUGAUCAGAACAUCUCAUCUGAAAACUCGUCUCAGUCUUUCCGCGGAGAAGUCAAUCUGGAUGGAAUUCCUUUCGCUGAUGAUGAUGACACAGACGACAGUGAUGACCAAGACUUGUCAACACCAGACAACACUCGUGUACCCUAUUACCCUCCACGGACGCACCAAGCUGAUGACGUAGACUUUUGUACAAUUCCGUGCUACCCUCAUUGUCUAGUCAUGUUCUCGUCUGCUCCAGAGCGUUUCGCGUGGUCUGAUGAUUUUAAGGGAGGAUGGCUGCCGUACUGUAUGUAUAAAGUUCUCGAUAAGAUGGCACAACUUAACUUCCGCAUCGAUCUUUUAGAGGCUUUGACGGAUGUGAACGAAACUAUGGCCCAGAGUCUGGAGACAAACAUAACAAGGGAUAGGGUCAUGCACCAACGCAAAUCCGCCGCCUGUAUCUACCAUAUGCUUACUAAGGAUAUUUACUUAACACCCAAGUACGCCCCGAUACCCAAAGUCGACAGGGUACAAGUUUCGGCGGUAUAGUCAUAGUAACGAUGGCAUCUGCUUCACACCCGGAAGUGUAGUCAUAGUAAAGAUGUUCCAUGUUUCAAUCUCUCCCAGAGUGCAAUGCGGUACCCCAUUAACACUGAUCGACGGAAUACAAUACAGCUGUGUCCUUCGUUAGCGUUGUCAGUGCUGCUGCCAUAGCUUUGUCCUACGUCAAUUUUGACCCCGACCGCGAGGUCAGUAAGCCAUUUACAGAAGUGCAUUGUGAUUGUUACGGAACGGCAAAUCUUGAAGAGAUUGUCGGAAGUGUAGCCAUGAAAUGAUCCGGAAGUGUUGUCAUGAUAACUUUGAUAUUUCACAGACCCGAUAUUGGUGCUACAGCUACCGUUAUUUAUGUAGUGUUUUCAAAGCUGAGACCAAUAUGGACGUAACAAGUUGCUUUCAAUAAGAAUUUAGUAGGUGUUAGAUGUUUAAAAAGAUAAAAACAGAAGCAAUAGUAGUUUUUGAUGAUAGAAAUUAACGUUAAAGUGGAUGCAAGACCAGUACAAUUUUAUUCUGUAGUAUUGAUGUAAUGUCAAACAGCAAAUGGUCGCUUCCCGUUCUUAGAAUCUAGGCUUUAACGGACGGCGAGCUUGAUGUGAAUUAUUAUUUUACAAUUGAAGAGUGAUUUAUCCUCGAAACUUUGUCUCAUUACUUGUUAUACCUUUUUCGUAGUAGUGUUAUUUUAUUGUGUAUUUCUAUAAGAUUAUAGCAUGUCUAAUAUG